CGUCGUCGCCAUAACAAAUCUCGACAAAUUCAGUAAUUUUUUCUUUUCUUUCGAAGCUCAGAGAGCACAUACAUACUCGCACCCCCUGUAUAUUUGACGGGUGUUUCAGCGUCUCACCCUGUUUCUCUCUCUCUUUCAACACCACCGACAUCUCUCCGCCGAGUCCAGCCUGAUCCCGCAUAUCUCCCUCGCCCCGUCAAAGCAAACCCACCUGCCUACACGGUCUGUCUUUUGCAUGUUAUCGAGCAACCCAUAGUUGUUUGCGGUACAUUCUUCGAGCUUCAGCACCACACGCGCCACUGGCCUGCCUUUUAUGUGUUCUCUCCCGCAGCCACACCGAAGAUCGCGCUGCGAAAAAGAUCCACCGUCAGCACCUUAGUCGGCUCCCCGACCAUUCGCGCGCAUCAUCCAGCAGCUCGGUCGUGCAAGCUCGACUUUUCCUAGGGAGAGGAGAGGAGAGGGCAAGGGAGUGCGCGCAUUGCCGCGGGUGAGAGUGAGAGUGAGAGCUGUCUUACUACGGGGGUGGUAGUAGCAGCCAACCAUCCUCGAAACAAAACGCGCCCAAGGCAGGAGGGCCGUCUGGGCCGGACCCUUUUCGCGGCCAUGCCGCCGCCGUACCCUGGCCAACAACCACCAAACAUCCUCAUACUCGGUGCUACGGGUAUCAUCGGGACGUACAUCACAAGGGCAAUCGUGGACGCAAGAGAGAGCUUUGGGCGAAUAUGUAUAUUCACGAGUCAAAAGACCAUGAUGGAGAAGAUCCAGGACAUUGCCGCGCUGGAGGCAUGGGGGGUCGAGAUAUACACCGGCCGGCUGGAGAGUGAAAGGUCCUUCAAGAGAGCUUGCGAAGGUACGUUAUGUUUCACACACUCCGGAAGGGGUGCGGUGCGAGGGCCACUGGUACCUUUGAUGCUGGAAUGUGGGGACCAAACAAGAAAAGGAACCAUCGAGGAAGAAAAGAUUGUGGAACGCAGUUCCUUUUACUGACAUGUGAUCCCCAUUUUGCCGCAGGUAUCGACACGAUCGUUUCGUGCGUGGGACGAGGUGGGAUAGAAAAACAGAUCAACCUGAUCACCUGGGCCGAGCAAGCGGGCGUCCGGCGCUUCUUCCCCUCCGAAUACGGCACCGACAUCGAAUACUGGCCACAGUCGGCACAGGAACCUCCACACCAACUCAAACUGAAAGUGAGAGCCCACAUGAAGACGAUGAAGAGGUUGGAGCACACGUACCUCGUGACCGGCCCGUACAGUGAUUUGUACUUUGGCACGAUGAAGGCCAGGCCCGAACUGGGAGAGUUCGACGUCAAGGGGAAAAAGGCGGUCUUGCUGGGUGACGGGGAAGGUCCCGUCAGUUUCACCGCCAUGCACGAUGUCGGAAAAUUCGUCGUUGCGGCCCUCCUCAACCCAGGGGCGUCGAGGAACACCACCCUUGUGGUACACUCCUUCACGGCCACGCCUCACGAAAUCCUGGCCGAGUACGAACAACAAACGGGCUCCAAGUGGGAGAGAUCCUACACCUCGGUCGAGCGGUUGAAGGAGAUUGAAAAGGAGGAGUAUCAAGUGUAUUCGGCCCUCGCGACGGUGGUGACGCUACGGCGGAUCUGGACCGAAGGUGGCACGCUGUACAAAUUCUACGACGAAGGUAUCCUGGGAGAAAUCGAGACGGAAACGUUGGAGUCCCAGGUGACUUCCAACAUCCGCAAACAAGAAGAAGGCGAGGGUCAUUUUCCGAGCCUGAUGAGGAAAUUGAGUCUGCAGUGAGAGAAACAAUACAGAAAGAAACCCUCCCUUGUGAAUGAGGGAAAGGUUCGGCAUUUGUACAAAGAUUUUGGCUUCGGUAUUCGACACUGUAAACAGAAAGAAAGAGAGAGGGGGGGAAUAUUCGAUUGUAUCAUAUGGACACAGUCUUUCUACCAAAUUACGAGGUUUUGCAUGGUGAGGUGGUACGUACCUCACCUUAAGCAGUCAGAGGUCUCAGCCUACGCUUUUCGGUUGUCUUUUGUCCUUUUGAUUUUGGGGAGGACUGCGGCUGAAAGUGGUGGUGAUUUUGGGCGGGUUUUAACAAAGAUUCUCGAACGCAACAUAGCCUUGUCUGUCCAUUGGGGGAUGGUUGAAGAGAAGGGGCAUACCUACGGAGUUACUCACAGGUGAAUAUUAUAUUCAUGGGUCGAUAUCUCUUGCCGAUGACUUGUGUGUGUGUAUGGGCAACCUCAUCUGUUACAGAGUAUCGAGCACUUGUUGUUUACCUCACCUACAGAAGAUGUACGGAAGAGUUGUACACGGUUCUGCACACUGCACACUGUAUACUGCCUUGCCUCUGCGGCAUUCGUGCAAGAGGCUACAAUUGAAGACAUUAUCUUAACCCAUUGUCGUGUGCAAGCCAUGAUCCAUCAUUACAUCGA